AUGUCGACAAUUGCCUCCCCCAGAGAACCAUCCGCGACGCGGCUUGGUCGCCGUCUCUCCUCCCAACCACUCUCGCCGACACCCUCAAACCGACCCUCCCUAGAAGUCUCCCGCUCCCAGACGAACUCGCCGCGUCCAACCACACCCAUUGCCCUCGCUUCCGCCGCAGGAGGAGGCCCUCCGAACAAACGGGCCAACCGUGCCGCCCUACGGGAAUAUUACAACCUCAAGAAACAGCAGUCCGCUCCAGCUACUCCCACUCUGGAGGUGACGCAGCAGUCUGAAGUGCCCACCAGCGAGCUCGACGCAUCCGACUUCGACGCCGAUGCCUAUGUCCAAAAGGCGCUAGAGAACAGCACGCUCGAGGAGCUGCUGAAGCUGUACACGCGGGUGUUGGGCGAGGUCAGGGCGUUGGAUGCCGAAAAGAAGGCCCUCGUGUAUGACAAUUACUCCAAACUGAUUUCGGCCACGGAGACAAUACACAAGAUGCGAUCCAACAUGGACCCUUUGAAUCCCAUGGCUGCAACCCUCGACCCGGCCAUUGCUCAGAUCUACACCCAAGCCUUAUCCAUACGAGAGGCGCUACGGGCAACCGUACCCGCACCGGACUCCGAAGCUAGGGAGAAGGAAGACGCCCUGGCGCAACGACGGAGAGCGAGACGGCUUGCGAGAGAAGUGCUCGAUACACCCGAGAGGUUGCGGAAGCUGGUUGCCGAAGGGGAAAUGCUCGAGGCCCGAAAGCAGUGGGAGAUGCCGCGACGGUUACUGGAGGUGUGGAAGGCCAAGGGUAUCGGGGGCAACGAUGUGCUCGAGUGCUUGGAGGAGGGCGAUGCGGCUGUGGGGAGGGCAAAGAAAGCGUCAACAGACAGUGGGUGCACCGCAAAAGGGGACAGCUCUUGA